ACUCCGGCGCAGCUACGGUAUGCUGCACUGCACUGCACUGCGUAAAUACGGUUUAUGUGCAGUGGUGCAGCUGGUGCCGGUGUUUUGUAACAUAGACACAGCUACAGUACAGGCGUCGAUCGGAUGCGAUGUUCUCAAUCUUAUAACUGGCAAAGAAGUGUAUUAAUUCAUGCAAAACGUAUGAAAAUCAGAUUGACUGGAACACAAGAAGACGUAACAAGAUAAGAUGGCACUUUCAAGCAGAGGGAUAUCAUUUUUGAGGGCAGGAGUUGGACGACUUCAAACUCAGGCAACGUGCAGUUUAGCUACAUCAUCUCGACACAAUGCAAGUGCGGAUAAAAAUGAUCCUCUGAAGGAUGAAGAUAGGAUAUUUACCAAUCUCUAUGGCAGACAUGACUGGAAGCUGAAAGGAGCAAUGUCAAGGGGAGACUGGUACAAGACAAAGGAGAUUCUGCUGAAAGGACAUGAAUGGAUAUUAAAAGAGAUAAGAGACUCUGGUCUAAGAGGAAGAGGUGGUGCAGGCUUCCCAACCGGUAUGAAGUGGGGUUUCAUGAACAAGCCAUCGGAUGGAAGACCAAAAUAUCUGGUAGUGAAUGCUGAUGAAGGAGAACCAGGUACAUGUAAAGACAGAGAGAUAAUGAGGCAUGACCCCCACAAGCUAGUAGAAGGCUGUCUGGUUGCUGGCAGAGCCAUGGGAGCUAGAGCAGCUUACAUCUACAUCCGUGGAGAGUUCUACAAUGAGGCCUCUAACAUGCAGCUUGCUAUUAAAGAGGCUUAUGAAGCAGGUUUUCUUGGAAAGAAUGCAUGUGGAUCUGGGUAUGACUUUGAUGUCUACAUGCAUAGGGGAGCUGGAGCUUAUAUCUGUGGAGAAGAAACCGCCCUGAUUGAAAGUCUAGAAGGCAAACAAGGCAAGCCCCGUCUUAAGCCUCCUUUUCCUGCCGACGUUGGUGUCUUUGGUUGCCCUACCACUGUGGCUAAUGUAGAGACAGUCGCUGUUGCACCAAUCAUCUGUAGGAGGGGAGCUCCGUGGUUCGCCGGCUUUGGACGUGAACGCAACCAGGGCACCAAACUCUUCAACAUCUCAGGCAAUGUGAACACUCCCUGUACAGUGGAGGAAUCCAUGUCUAUUCCUCUGAAGGUCUUGAUCGAGAAGCAUGCUGGUGGUGUAGAAGGUGGAUGGGAUAACCUGUUGGCUGUCAUACCCGGUGGCUCAUCUACCCCUCUAAUCCCUAAAGAUGUGUGUGAAGAUGUGUUGAUGGAUUUUGAUGCCCUGGUUGCCGCUCAGACUGGUCUUGGUACUGCUGCCGUCAUUGUGAUGAACAAACAGGCCGAUGUUGUCCGAUCUAUUGCAAGGCUCAUGGAGUUUUACCAGCAUGAGAGCUGUGGACAGUGCACACCAUGCAGAGAAGGAACUGGCUGGAUGACCAAGAUUACUAACAGAUUUGUGGAAGGCAAUGCCAAGCCAGAUGAGAUUGAUAUGUUGUAUGAGCUGAGUAAGCAGAUUGAAGGUCAUACUAUCUGUGCACUCGGGGAUGGUGCAGCAUGGCCUGUACAGGGUCUUAUUCGUCACUUCCGCCCAGAGCUAGAAGCUAGGAUGAAACGGUUCCACGAGGCCAAGCAGAAAGCGUCGGCCACUGCAUAAAGCCUACCAAUGUACACAAAGUGGUAUCAACCUAUCUAUUAAAAUCAGAUAUGAUAUUGAAUCUAUGGAAUUAAAAUAGGUCAAGUCUUUGUAUAGCAAUGCCUUAAAUUAUCAGGGUAUGUUUCACGAAGAAUAGAAGAUCCAAGGCUGACUACAGGUGGGCGUUUCAUAAAAGUUGCCAGCACUGACUAAAUUGUCAGUGCUAACAAUUUCAGUGAAAUCCUUGGUUUUGAUUGGCUGAAAGGCACUGGCCUCUGACUGUUACUAUGGUAACUGUCAGAGAAAGACAACUUGUCAAAGCUGACAACUUUCAUGAAACGGUCCCCUGGUCACACUCAAUUCCACCUCCCAUGGGCUUAGACCAAUGCAGUGGUGUGUGAUAUACCAUAUGUAACUGCAAAAAGUGUGAUUCAUAGAUCUUUGUGAAACAUCUUUACUUUCAAACUGUUGAAUGAUACCGAGAUUUAUUUAUAAUUCAUCAAUAUCCAUGUGUCACAGUGGAUAAGAGGGGGAGAAAAAGGGGAAGGGAAUAUAUUCGUUUACAGAAUUAUCAAUUUGGUUUAACUAUUUCUUCUGGUUUACCUAGUACAAACCUGUUAAAUACAUUGUAAAAAGACACAAAUGUAACUGUGGAUGAUAUAUUCUUAUUGUAUUAUAUAUUAUGUCUUCAUCAACAUAGUGAUCUAUACUGUAAUUUCCUGUUAUUUUAUAUAAAAGAUCUAGUAAUUUCAGAAAAGGCAUUAUUGAAGCUGAUAAUCCUAACUACUGUAUUCAUCACAAGAUGACCAAACUAGCUCAGUCUUUGGCAUAAUAUCUAAUACAUUUCUGCAAUACUGUAUUAGACUGGAAUACUUUCAGCACUUUUGACAAUGGGAGACAAUACAAUGUUCUAUUGGUGCCGGAAAGUCUUGAAUUUGAGUCGAAAGUCAAUAUAUAUCAUGUAUAUAUUUAAAUAAGUGUCAUUGCACGUUUGCUGUCUUUUACCGGGUUUGAAGACAUUUACUUAUAUUGUAAAGAAAUGAAAUGACCUGUGAACUGGACAGGUGUAAUAAAGUGAAUAUUGUUCGAAACAA